AUACGAGUAUGGUACGUAAGAAUUUUAAAUAAAACAAUCAGUUUAAUACGCGAUGGCUAAUUCGAUGAUUCUACUUUCAUGUACGAUUCUCAGCUUAUGGAUUGCAGAAGCCCGUAGCCCUUAUGCUGCGAAUUCAUCCUCCAAGAAACGCCAAGUGGUCGAAGAGAAACAAAAUUCGGAUGAUUAUCAAAUAAGAAAAGCUGAAACAAAAUGCGAAGAAUAUGUACAAUAUGGCUGCCUGUAUCAAAAAUCAUUCGACGAAAAAUAUAACGAUAAGGAUCAGAUACUGAAUGGAGAAAAUGUUCCUGAAGGGAUGCUUCCUCAUAUGGCAUUAUUAAUCAUCAAAAACAAAACAAGCACAAUCUGGACACGAUGCUCCGGUUCAUUGAUCAGCGAGCGAUAUGUGAUGAGUGUUCGCCAUUGUUUGGAAUCACUUGAUCUAGAAAUUAAAAUCAAACUCGGAAGCAUAUACAGAACCAACGACGGCACUGGUAAAUGGUACGACGUCGAAAGCAUCCACAGAUACCCGGAGUUGAUAACUAAACACUUUGUGAACGAUAUUGCCCUACUGAAACUAUCCGAAGAGGUGCAUUUUAACCCACACGUAAUACCGAUAUGUUUAAACACGAAGUAUAAAGGCGAUUAUGAGCGUACCAUUGCCUCAGGAUGGGGUUUUACUGAAGAUGGAAGGGCACCCGAACGUCUCAAAAUGGCAGAGUUGGCAUUGAAAGGAGAAGCAUUAGAAUUAAAAUGUCACCAGUAUAUAAAAGGCACAAAAAAAUACGCAGAUAUUUACAAAAUACAGACUAUUUGUGCUGGAGGAAUUGACACGCAAAAAGAUACGUGUAAGGGUGACUCCGGAGGUCCCUUGCAAGUUCCACUAGAAAGUGGGUGUCCAAAUACAUACGAACAAAUAGGUAUCACUUCGUUUGGAGGAGGUAACUGCACAAUUGGCCCCACACAGCCUUACAUUGGAAUAUAUGCCAAAGUUGAAUAUUUUCUUCCUUGGAUUGCCAGUAUUGUUUGGCCUGAUGACGAGUCUAACUAUGUACACCGUGAAGAUGCACCCACCAAUUCCACCGAACAAUUAUGUGUAAUUUCAAACGAUACUCAAUCAUGAGUUUGGUUUAUUUUCGAUUCAGUUUCAUAAAUUUUUAUCGCUUGAUUGUAAUUUAUUUUUUAAAAUUAUUUUUUACUUAAAGUAAAAUGACAUUUUUUAAGGA